AUGCAUCCCAAAACCAUAUUGGCCUUCGGCCUCAUUGGUGUCGCUGUUUCAGCAGCCAAGCCUACCGUCUACCUCAUCCGUCACGGUGAGAAGCCCAGCGAUGGAGGUAACGGAUUGAGUACUCAGGGCCUUGAGCGCGCACAAUGCCUUCGCACUGUCUUUGGUAGCUCUUCCAGCUACAAUAUUGGAUAUAUGAUGGCUCAAACGCCCAAGAGUGAUGGCAAACGCGCUCGUCCCUACGAGACAGUAGAGCCUCUCGCGGAAGACAUGGGACUGACUGUGGAUACCUCCUGUGAUCGAGACGAUCCCAAGUGUGUCAGAGACGUGGUUGAGGGAUACACUGGAUCUGGCAAUAUAUUGAUAUGCUGGGAACACGACGCGUUGACGGAUAUCGUCGACAAGUUGGGCGACGAUGAUGCCCCAACGUAUCCUGAUGACCGAUUCGACUUGAUUUGGACCGAUCCCUAUCCCUACUCCGAGAUCACGGCAGAGACCAGUGAGCAAUGUCCGGGCUUGGAUGUUUAG